GCCCCUGAAUUCACCCUCCCAGCCCCUUCUCCCGCGGGUGGCUGGCGAGGCCUCUACUCCGCUUCCCCGACCGCUUCUCCUCCCCUCCCGUCGUUCCGCGCGACGGCGCCGCCUCUUCUCCCUCGCAGGCGACAGCCCUGCGCUCGCCCUCCCCCUCCGCUCGCCCUCCUGUUCCUUCCGCAGCUCCCAUCCGCCGCCCACUUCUCCCUCGUCGAAACCCUAGGCCUUCGCGCCGGAUGCCGCCGACCCGAUCUCGCUAUGCCGGCGACCCGGCCUCUCCGCGCCGCCCAACGAUGAGGAAGAGGCCCGACCCACCAGCGCCACAGGAUUCCGUGGGAUUCCGGGUCUCCCACGCUGCAUCGCCGCCCAUCGGCAUGGAUGACCCGGCCUCGACUUCACUGCUCCGCCUCGACUUCGUUGCUGGCGAGUACCUGUCCGCCGGGCCGACGCCAAGAAGGCAGGGCGCCAUCGACAGCACCGCAAGAGGCCCGACGGCGACGGCCACAUCUUGCAGGCCCAUUGAAACAUAUUUCAUAUCUGGCUUGCUGCCUUCAGUGCUGGGUUUGAUGGUGGGUUUAGCGCUUCUAAUGGUGGAACCGGAGGUGAUGCCGAUGGUGCAGCCAUUUAAUUUAUGUUUGGAAGCUUCAUGGCACUAGCUGAAAGCUUGCGGUGGCUACUGGAGGCGGAUCAUGGACCAAUAUCACAUCUGAUGACAACUUGAAAUAGAUUUUUGGCUCCAAGAUCAAAUUAUUCUAUAGUUAUUAUUUGCUAUGAUAUUUAUAUAACUAUGGUCUUGUACUAUACCAGGAUCAAAUUCGUGCUUGACAAGUUGUUGACUUGCAUUCACAAGUUUAUGGAAUAUGCAGUAGUAUUGGAUCAAGAUGAGAGUUGUUUAUCUA